AUAUUAAUUAAAAAAAUUAAUGAAAUUUUGUGUUCUCUAAAUAUUUCUAAAACAAAAAUGGAGUUUGUGGCAUGAAUGGGCUUAAUUUCCUGAAGCCCAUUUCCAACCCUUUUUAAAUUCCCAACAAAACCGCCAAAAUUACUAAUUUACUAAACGGAAGCCGAGCAGAUUAUCUUCCUCCCAUGGAUGACAACUUUACACGGUGGUCCGAUCUCCCUGCUGAACUUUGGACCGCCAUUGGAAGACACCUUCAUUCCUACAUCGACGUUCUCCGAUGUCGCGCUGUUUGCCGAUCACUACGUGCUUCUUUCCCUCCUUUCAACGCCGUUUCUCCUCUUCUACCUCUCCACCUCCCUUCUCUUCCCAACCACCUCGACGUCGAUCAUCCAGUCAAACACAUUUUUCUCGCUCGAAAGAUUGUUUAUCGCUUCGGUCCUCUUGAUCAUCAUUUUUCUGCAGCAGAGGGGGCGAAGAUUUGGUUUGCGAUGGCCGACAGUGCAAAGGAAGGUAUAUUGCGAUUUCUGCGUCCGUUAUACCUCUCUAAUUUUAAAUUCACUUUUGAAGCUCUUCCACAUGAAAUCAAUUCACUGGAAUUUCGUAUUCGUGAAUUGGCUAAAUUGUAUAUGCUUGUAAAUACGGAAGGUGUUUGUGUUUCUGAAAUUAGAAAGGUCGUAAUGUUCCCUGAUUCUCCCUGGAUCGAUACGAAGAAUUGCAUCGUUUUUGCUAUUUUUGUAGAUGGAAAAUUGGGGUUCACGAAACUUACGGAUGAGAAAUGGACGAUGAUUGAGAAACAUAAUUUUGCCCGCGGUGAUGUGAUUGUAUACAGGGGAAAGUUCUAUGCAGUUGAUAGAAGAGGAGAAGUUUUCUCGGUUGAUUCAUCGUCGAUGGAAUUAUCACAAAUUUCUCUUCCGAUGAGUGGCUUUGGUAAACAGAAACAUCUGGUGGAGUGCGGCGGCGAGGUUUAUAUGGUAGAUCGAUUAGAUGAUUUCAGUGACAGUGAUGAUGAUGGUGGUGGAGGUUAUAAUUAUGAUGAUGAUGAGAUUGAUGGUGGUGGUGGAGGUUAUAAUUAUGAUUAUGAUGAUGAUGAUGAUGAUGAGAGCGAUAGCAGUGAGAGCGAUGAAGAUGAAGAUGAAGAAGAUGAAGAAGAAGCUAAUUUCAAAGUGUAUAGAGUGGAUUUGAAUGGAGAAUACUGUAGUAGAGAAUUGGAGGAGGUGAAGAAUUUGGGGAAUGAUGCGAUUGUUUUGGGGAAUAAGAGGGAAGGUAGUUUCUCAAUUUCGGGUACAGAAUUUGAAGGAAUUGAAAGGAAUUGCAUAUAUUAUCCUCGAAGAAAAAUGAUGAUGAAGAAUGAAUUCUGAAAUGAUGAACAACAAACAAUGCUCCAUCGUCAUCAAUUUGAUUACUGCUUCUCUCAAUUACUGUGACUGUCGAAAGACCGACUAUGUCGAGCUCCCUCUUGCUAUGGGAAGAGCGCCUAUUCCAGUCCAGGAGAUCAUAGAGAGAAUAACCUCUUGGUCCAGCUACUAAUGAGUGCAGUGAACUACUCAUGAAAGAGAGAAGAUGGUGCUAUUCCCGCUACGUGGGAGUCGAGCGAGCUCAUACUCACUUCAUAGGCUUUGCUUUUGGUUUUUUGUUUUUUCCAUGAGUGACUCAAAAAUAGUGGUAGCUAGUGAUAAAAUAUUCUCGAAAUUUACAAUUUUUCUUUUCUAACUUGAAACAUGAAUGAUCAUGACAGAGUUCAUUAGAGUAUA